UUCUCUCAAUCUCUCCCUAAUUUUGUGUUCUUGUGUGUGGAUUUGUAGCAAAAAAUUCCAUCUAGGAUUUGUUUCUUGAAUUUCGUUGAAUUGGGGGGUGUUUAAAAGCACGAUUCAGUUCACGCAGAAGUAGAGGAUGGACCUUCCGCAAGAGACUGAUGAUUACAUUCGUGAAUCGAUCGAGUAUUCACUCGGUCUUCCGGUAUCUACACGUACUCUUGAGUUAAAGCUUCGAUCUUCCUAUGAAACGCAAAGGCGUCUUCACGAUCAGUAUUUUUAUCUGAAAUCCAAAUUGAAAGAGAAAGACGAAACCAUCGAGCGUGUUAGGGCUGAAUCGAUUAUGAAUGCACAAGCUGUAAAGAAGUUUGUAGAAGAGAAUCAGAAAUUGGCUACAGAAUGUGUUAAUUUGUUAAGUCAGUGUAACAAAUGGGAGAAGGAGUGUUUAUUGUAUGAUCAUGAUCGAGAGGCUUUGAUGGACUUCGGGAAUGAGGCAGACAAUAGAGCUAAGGAGGCAGAGUCGCGUGUUCAUGAUUUGGAAGAGGAAUUAAGUAAAUUGUCAGAAGAACUGCUGUUCUAUAAGCAUCAAUCGGAGGGGAAACAGAUCAGCGAGGAAACGAAAACUGCAUCCACGGAACAUUUUCUUGUUGAUACAUUGCUAUCAAAUUUGAUCAGCAACGACAAUGUUGCAUCAACAGCGCAUUCUUUCUUAGAGGCAAAUAAUGGAGUGGAAGUGUGCCAAAAAAUGCUGGAAAUGUGGGAAAGCUUGAAGCCCUCAACACAAAAAGUUUUAGCAUUGGCUUCUCAAGUCAAGAUAUUGCAGAAAGAAAAAGACCAUUUAAGGAAUAAUCUCACAACAGCCGAAGAGGAGGUUAAAGUCCUGUUUGAAGAAAACAACAUAUUGGACAAGGAGAACAGGAGAUUGAUGAAGCUACUCCAAAAAGAGAGACAACUAAAUGAUUCUGGGGGCAAGCAUAGUAGUGCAUCCAUGAAGAAUAAUAAACGAAAGUCUAGUCCUAGAGAUUGCAGUCCUAUUGAGAAGAAAGUCGACUUCAUUGAAGCCGGUUCCCCACGGCACCCACUCUCUCCGUUGCGACACAACACCCCGGAGUUUCGAUUGAACAAAAAGUGACUCCUACAAGCUUUUAUGAAUUUUGUUUAUGUGAAACGCCCAACUCUUGCUAAGAUUUUGUUUCAAGAGCUUAUUUUCAAAGAUGGUUUGGAAAUAAUAUAGCAUUAGUGUAGUUUUAUUCCAAACUAAUCAUUUUAUUUGUUGAAAUGCUUAAAAAACAACAAUAGUUGUUUGUAAUUUGUAAAAUAAUCAGCGUAAAAUUGUUUAUCAGUUCGGUCAUUAUAGUCGGACUCUAUUAUGGAUUUCUGACCACAUCCUCCAUAGGACCCUCCUAUGUAUCUCACAAGGAAAAUCUCGAAUCUAUAAGGAUAUUUACAAUAGUUAUAUUAUAAUUUUUUUUAAACAGAACGUCAAAAAUCAA